AUGGCAACUGGAUCUGUUCUUGUUACGGGAGGGACGGGCUAUAUCGGGUCCUUCACGGCCCUCGCCCUGCUCGAAGCAGGAUACAAAGUGGUUGUUGUCGACAACCUGUACAAUUCCUCACAGGAAGCCCUUAACCGGAUUGAAUUGAUCUGCGGAAAGCGCCCAGAGUUUGUCGAGCUCGAUGUUAGAGAUGAGGGGGCAUUUGAUAAGGUCUUCGACGCGCAUCCGGAUAUUGACAGCGUGAUUCACUUCGCUGCUUUGAAGGCUGUUGGAGAGUCCACCGAACGUCCGCUAGAUUACUACGACAUCAACGUCCAUGGUUCACUCUGCCUGUUACGCUCGAUGGUGCGCCACAAUGUAUACAACAUUGUCUUCUCGAGCUCAGCAACCGUGUACGGCGACGCCACGCGUUUCCCAAACAUGAUCCCAAUCCCAGAGGAAUGCCCCCUGGGCCCAACGAACCCAUACGGCAACACCAAGGUAGCGAUUGAAUCCGCUAUUACCGAUGUUAUCAACGCGGAGAGAACUAGAGCGCGGAAGGCUGGAAAGCCAGAAAAUGCGGAGAAGUGGAAUGCCGCUUUAUUGCGGUACUUUAAUCCCGCUGGUGCUCACCCCAGCGGAAUCAUGGGUGAAGAUCCUCAGGGUGUUCCAUAUAACUUGCUUCCUCUCCUAGCUCAAGUUGCAAACGGAAAGAGAGAAAAACUCCUCGUGUUCGGAGAUGGGACUGGUAAAGGAAGCACCGUUCUCGAAAUGGUCAAGGCCUUCAGCGCCGCUGUUGGACGAGACCUGCCUUACGAGGUUGCUCCUCGCCGUGAUGGAGACGUUCUGGACCUUACCAGCAAUCCCUCAAGAGCUAACAAGGAACUUGGAUGGAAGGCUCAACGAGACCUCCACCAGGCUUGUGAGGACUUGUGGCGAUGGACGGACAAUAACCCUCAAGGAUACCGACAGAGUCCGCCUGAAGAGCUGCUUGCGAAGCUGAAAGCAAAAUAA